UGACGCACAGCGGGGUUGCCGGAAGAAGUGGCGAAGUUACUUUUUAGGGGACCCGAACAGUGGCGGCGUGCAAGGGGAUACAGAGAAGGAGGAAGCGGGGCAGAGAAAGAGAACAGAGCCAGGGCAACGGGAACAGGAGACCCCGAGAGGCCGCCCACGAGACCCCCCGCGCGCAGCCAUGAGCCCCGCCCCCCGCUGGUGUUCGGAGAGGGGCGGAACCUGGAGUGAGGCUGCUCCGUGACCCCACCAUGUCCGCCCCCACCACCAGUUCCCUGGAUAGCCCCCUGCCUGGAAAUGGCCCUCCUCAGCCUGGAGCCCCCUCUUCUUCACCUGCUAUAAAGGAGGAGGGCCCUGAGCCUUGGCCUGGGGGUCCAGACCCCGAUGUCCCAGGCACUGAUGGGGCAGGCUCUGCCUGCAGUGUGGUCAUCCCAGACCCAGCCGAGGAGCCAGAGCGCAAGCGGAAGAAGGGCCCGGCUCCCAAGAUGCUGGGCCACGAGCUGUGCCGUGUGUGCGGGGACAAGGCCUCCGGCUUCCACUACAAUGUACUCAGCUGCGAGGGCUGCAAGGGCUUCUUCCGGCGCAGCGUGGUCCGUGGUGGGGCCGGGCGCUAUGCCUGCAGGGGCGGUGGAACCUGCCAGAUGGACGCCUUUAUGCGACGCAAGUGCCAGCAGUGCCGACUGCGCAAGUGCAAAGAGGCGGGGAUGAGGGAGCAGUGCGUCCUCUCUGAGGAACAGAUUCGGAAGAAGAAGAUACGGAAGCAACAGCAGCAACAGUCGUCACCUGUGGGGUCAGGGAGCGGCAGCAGCUCAGCCUCUGGGCCUGGCGCCUCCCCUGGAGGGCCUGAAGGGAGUAGCCAGGGCUCCGGGGAAGGAGAGGGCAUCCAGUUAACCGCGGCUCAGGAACUUAUGAUCCAGCAGUUGGUGGCGGCGCAGCUGCAGUGCAACAAGCGCUCCUUCUCUGACCAGCCCAAAGUCACGCCCUGGCCUCUGGGUGCAGACCCCCAGUCCCGUGAUGCCCGUCAGCAGCGCUUCGCCCACUUCACAGAGCUGGCCAUCAUCUCUGUCCAGGAGAUUGUGGACUUCGCCAAGCAGGUGCCUGGCUUCCUACAGCUGGGCCGCGAAGACCAGAUUGCUCUCCUCAAGGCAUCCACCAUUGAGAUCAUGCUGCUGGAGACGGCCAGGCGCUACAACCAUGAGACGGAGUGCAUCACCUUUCUGAAGGACUUCACCUACAGCAAGGACGACUUCCACCGCGCAGGCCUGCAGGUGGAGUUCAUCAACCCUAUCUUUGAGUUCUCACGGGCCAUGCGGCGGCUGGGCCUGGACGAUGCUGAGUAUGCCCUCCUCAUUGCCAUCAACAUCUUCUCGGCUGACCGGCCCAACGUGCAGGAGCCCAGCCGUGUGGAGGCACUGCAGCAGCCCUAUGUGGAGGCGCUGCUCUCCUACACGCGCAUCAAGAGGCCACAGGACCAGCUGCGCUUCCCACGCAUGCUGAUGAAGCUGGUGAGCCUGCGCACGCUGAGCUCUGUGCACUCAGAGCAGGUCUUCGCCCUGCGGCUCCAGGAUAAGAAGCUGCCACCCCUGCUGUCAGAGAUCUGGGACGUCCACGAGUGAGGGGCCUGCCACCCUGCCCCACAGCCCCCGACAAAUGGAUGCUGCCGCCCCUUCCUCCUUCUGGGGUGGGAAGGGGUCUCGCUGGGCCUGGGGGCCUGCCUUGUGGCUCUGCCAGCCCUCAGCCUUUGGGGUGAGCUGGGACAGCAUCCAGGCAGGCUCCCUCCCUGACCAGCAAGUCUUCCUGGGAGGGCAGAGGGGUCACAGUUCCCGACCUCUGACCUCUCCCAGCACUCCUGGUUGCCCUCCCCACCCAGCUUACACCUCCAGCCCACUGCGCAGUGCACCUUGAACAGAGGGAGGGGAGGGUCCACAGCUCUCCCCACAGCCCGAGAGACCAGAGGGCCCCCCUCUCUCUCUGCUCCUUUUAUUUAAUAAAAACUUAAAAAAAAA